AUGGCAUCCAACGCCUCAAUCCCGGCCCUAAUAGUGUCCAAAUCAGAAAGCACACACAACCUUGAGGAUGGCAUUCCAUUUGCAUCUGAAAAUCUCCAUGUGGGCGAGACUUAUCUCAAGCUGGAUAAAAUGCUCUUCAGAAUUACGCCUGAUGCGAAGAAAGGACCACCAUUAGAGGGGGAUGGUGGAACAGCUGUAAGGCGCUUUGAGGUUGAAGCUAUGAAGCUGGUAGCAAAGCACACCUCUGUCCCUCUUCCUGAAGUUAUUUACAGCCUCAUAAGUGAUCGCAGCGGCGAGAUUGGGAUGACAACUAUUACAGGCACUACACUAGAAAGCCUAUGGGAUAAGUUGAACAGUGAAACAAAAAAGUCUAUAUGCUGUGAGACAUGGGAUCAAAUCGCCAAACUCCGAGAAAUCUCACAACCACCUGCCUUAAAACAGUUCUUCCAGUGUCUUGCUGACGGCUCGCCAACUCUUGACCCUCUAAUUGAAGACUUGGACCGCUGUGGAACCCCUUUAUACACAGACGAAGAUGUCAGAGCCCGAAUAUACCACCGCUACCUUCAUUUUGGUGGUCUGCGAUAUAAAAAUGAGCUACCAGACAUGCUCCCUCGAUCGUCCUGUACGGUUUUUACACACGCUGACAUUGCCCCACGCAACAUCAUGGUUGAUGACCAUUAUCACAUUACCGGCAUCCUCGACUGGGAGUAUGCCGGCUGGUACCCUGAUUACUGGGAGUAUGCGCAGAUCAUGAGGCCUGCUUGCCAGACAGGUGAUUGGCAGAAAUGGAUGGAUCUCACUGCGCCCUGUAAAUGGGAUAUCUCGGGAAUAGCAGCAGCGAGACGAAUUUUAUUUUGA